GACUAGGUGAUCUUGGAGGUCUCUUCCAAGCUAAAUGAUUCUGUGAUUCUGUGAUUCAUUCUUAGUCAUAACUGGUGACCGUGACUCUCCUUUACUGGUUUGUGGAAAGGCUGCUCCGCCCGUAACUUGCGAGGCUUGUGCUCCCUGCUAUGAACUGGUUGGAAAGCCCUGGCUCUUUCAGAACCUGAUUUGCCCAUUAGACCAAAGGCUCAGGCAUGCUCGGAAUGUGGGUCUGUGACAGAAUUCACACCAUCACUGCUUCUGGAAGCCUGCUGCAUGCCCACCAAGGCUGCUGCCAUCAUUGUGCACCCAGCUCUGCCACAAGCACCUUGUUUCUCCUCAGGUGCGGCCUCGGGCAAGGUGCCCCUCCUGGCUCCCUGCAGGAGAGCUUUAGGGGCUUCAAAGAAUAGGUUCUGCCGGGCUUUGCUGUUGCUUUGCCCUUUGGAACAAAAGCACAAACCUGUGCUACAACACUGCAGUCGUGCAGCAAUGCUGGAGCACAACCAACAGGCUGCCCUGAGAAGCGCAACCCCCUGCCCCACUGUGUGCCCCCCAUUUUCACUUGCGUGUGCCUCCACUCCCAUAUGACCCCCUUUCCCUCCACCAUUUCCACCCCCAUAUGUCUCCCCCCCCGAAUUUUCACUCAGUGUGCCCCCCUGUGUGCAGCCCCACGUGCCCCCACCCCGAUUUGCACCAUCAGUGUCCCUCCCCAGAUUUUCCCCGACUGCACCACGGGGUGCCCCCAGCCCCAUGUGUCCCCUUGUGUCUCUUCCCCCCCCUUCCCCCCAGCAUGCCCUGUGGCACAGAACCUUCCAGAGCGGCCCCACCCAGCCACCCCUGCCCUCGCUCAGCUCUGCCUCGCACCUGCCCUGGCUGUGAGCAGCUGCCAGCCCUGUCCAACACCAGCCUGGAGCCGUCUCCAUUGGCACCCCAGAACUAGCACUGCCCCAGAACCGGGCCUCUUAGCGAUCCCCCAGCCAUGGCCACCCUCAAGUUUGCCGACCUGCCCAGCAUCGCCUGGAAUGAACCAGAGGUCUAUGAGACCAGUGACACACUCAAGGGUGACCAGGCCGAGUUUGAGAUGGAGGAGCUUACCAGCACCAGUGUGGAGCACUUCAUCGUCAACCCCAACGCUGCCUUUGAGAAUUUCAAGGACAAGCGCCUGGGCACCAAGGGAGUGGAUUUCUCCGACAGCACAAGCAAGACCAGUACAACAGGCUACAAGUCUGGAGAGCAUGAAAACAGCGUAUUGAAGGAGUCGGAGGCCGAGGAGGAGCUGAUGCCCGUGGCCUUGGCCAGGCAGGUGGAAGGCCUGAAGCAGCAGCUGGUCUCCAGCCACCUGCAGAAGCUACUGGGCCCUGCUGCAGCCAUAGACUUUACAGACUCCGAAGGCACGCUGGCCAAGCGCCUGUUGCAGCAGCUGGAGGUGGUGAAGUGCAAGAAGGCAGUGUCAGGGGAGAGACCCGACAAGGCCCCAGCCCCCACUGGAGACAUGCUCACCUUUGAGCUCUACUGGAGGCCAGAGCAGGACCAGUUCUCCCAGGCUGCUAGUAUUGCAGAGCUGGAGAAGCGGUUGGCACAGCUGGAGGUGAUGGUACGGUAUGAACCUGACAGCCAGAACCCACUGCUGGUUGGGCUGAAGGGCACCAGCCUUGUGGAGACCGUGCAGAUCCUCCAAGCCGGAGUGAACAUCCUGGACAUGGCUGUGCUGGACCAAGUGGAGGCCCGGCUACAGAGCGUCCUGCAGAAGGUCAUUGAAAACACCGAGCACAAGGCAAUCGUGCUAGACCCUGAAACCCAGAGCAAAAUACACCAGGUCCAUGAGAUGAUGCAGCACUGGGACCCUGUGGCCAGCAGUCUGCCUGAUGUGGUACAGCGACUGCUGACCCUCAGGGACCUGCAUGAGGAAGCCACGUGGUUCAUGCAGGCCCUGGUAUACUGGGAGACCACGCAGCAGGAGAUGGUUGCUGCUCUCAGGAGCAAGGCCUUGCUGCUGGUGGAGGUCCAGAAGAUGUUAAAGGAAAAUCUGGCCAUUGUACAGGACAAUUUUUCAUCUCUAAAAGCCCACAUCAAACAGUUGCAGCAGUGAGAGAAACCCAGAGUCCCUUCAGGCAUUGCUGCCCCCCCAGACUCCACAACCCCCUUGGAAUCCUUCCCGACCUGGAAGGCUUUUUUUCCACCCCAUUUCUAAAUAAACGUUUUGU